AUGGCGUUCUUUUUACGGCGCCCCUUUGCCGUACCGACGGCUCUGCGUCAGGUACCCAAGGCCGCAAACACCGCUCGCUUCAUCCACAGCUCUCCGUUCAAGCCGGCUCAACCGAAGCCUCUCACCCCCGCCUCUUCCAUCUUCGCGAAGUCUCGACAGACUUUCCAGAAUGCCUUCCGUCGCACAUACAUGCAGCCGACAGCCAAUGCUUCGCAGGGUGAUAUGACCCAGAAGCUAAUCUAUGGCGCGGCCAUCGUUGGUGGAACUAUCUUGGCGACAAACUUGAUCUUCAACCGGGAGACAAGGGAAGACGGCGGAAUGCCUCACUACGAACGGUCUUAUCUGAACGAAACUUUCAUGCACACUGGACUUGGUAUUGGAAUCAUCGGUAUUGCUGCUAGAGCUCUCCACUCAAGCGGAUGGUCGUAUCGUCUCAUGGCCACGAACCCUUGGCUUGUUGCUGGUGUCGGUCUGGUUGCCAGCAUUGGAACGAUGUACGGAACUUUCUACACUUCUCCCGACAACUACGUUAUGAAGUACGGUCUCUGGACUGGUUUUAACAUCACCCAGGCUGCGCUCCUCUCACCGUUGAUGUUCAUGCACCCCGCUCUUCUCGCUCGUGCUGGUCUCUACACUGUUGGAAUGAUGGGCUCUAUCGCUUUCGUUGGUGCCACAGCUAAGCAGGAGAAGUACCUGUACCUGGGAGCACCUCUGCUUGCCGGUGUGACUAUCGUUGCCCUUUCUGGAUUCGCGCCUCUUGUCCUUCCCUCCACUGCCACCCGUGCUCUGAUGUGGUCUGAGAAGAUCUGGCUGUAUGGUGGUCUUGCUGUCUUCGGAGGCUUCACUCUCUACGACGUCCAGAAGAUCCUUCACCACGCUCGCAUGUCCGAAAGGGGCCUUGUCCGCAAGGACGUUGUCAACGAGUCCGUUAGCCUCGAGUUGGACUUUAUCAACAUCUUCAUCCGUAUGGUCCAGAUUCUGGCCAUGCGAAACAACAACCGGAGGUAAGGUUAUUUAGACUUGACGGAUGGUGGUCUUCCAGGGUCCCUUUUCCACCAUUAAUAAGACACUUGCUCGGCCAGACGUUUUGUACUGCAUAUUCUAUUGGGAUGUUUUGAUAUGGCGCGUUAAUUUCAUUAAAGAUUCACAUUUUCUAUGUACAUAAACCAUUACGAUGAGGCUCCUCUCGUCUACAGCAUAUUGUAUCUGCCGGUCAAAGGAGAUACAGACAAAUCUCCACUCCAACCAGCAGUUAAAAAAUAGGAAAAAAAAAAAAAAGAGAGAAAU